AUGCGUGUCACCCUCGCCCUCGUCAGCGGGCUCGCCAUGGCUUCUGCGCUCCCUCAGUUCCGCAUCGGCAAGGUCAAUCCCAAGGUCGUGAACAUCGGUGCUCGUCAGGCCGACAUCGGAUCCACCAAGCUCAUGGCGGAUGUAGAGAAGCGCGAAGUCAACGCUAUUGAUGCUCGUCAGGCCGACAUCAGCAAGACCGACAACCUCAACACCCGCCAAGCCGACUUCGGUACUCUCGAGUGGCUCCUCCAAGGUCGUCAAGCCGACAUCAGCCGCGAGGGUGGAAACGCUGAGGUGGAGAAGCGCCAGGCAGACAUUGCCGGCACUCGUGCUCACUCUACAUCUCUCCUCGCUCGUCGAGCGGACAUUGGCUCGACUAGGGCUUCCGGCUCUUCUCUCAUGACCCGCGACGACGACCACAUGAUGUCCACCGACGGCUACGAGCCUCUCAUGGCUCGGCAAGCUGACAUCAGCCGUGGCGGAGCAGCCGAUCUUGAUGCUCGCCAGGCCGAUAUUUCCCGCCAUGGAGAGGUCGCCGCUCGUCAAGCAGACAUCUCUCGCAAUGGAGAGUCCAACGACCUUUCCGCUCGCCAGGCCGAUAUCAGCCGCAAUGAAGACAUCUCUGCUCGUCAAGCAGACAUCUCUCGCGACGGUGAUUCCAACCUCGACACUCGCCAAGCCGACAUCUCCCGCAAUGGAGACACUUCCGCUCGUCAAGCAGACAUCUCCCGCAAUGGAGGCAUCUCGACUCGUCGAGCUGACAUUUCCCGCAAUGGCGAAAUCUCCGCUCGUCAAGCUGACAUCUCGCGCAACGGAGAGGCCAACCUUGUCGCUCGCCAAGCCGACAUCUCCCGUGAUGGAGAUCUCGACAUCGCCACGCGUCAGGCUGACAUUUCUCGCAACGGCAACGACAACCUCUCUACACGCCAGGCUGACAUUUCACGCUCGGGAGAAGGCCAGCUCGCUGCCCGUCAAGCCGACAUCAGCCGUGGCGGAUCUGACCUCUCUGCUCGCCAAGCUGACAUCUCACGCAACGGCGACAAAGUCUCCACUCGCCAGGCCGACAUCAGCCACAACGGAUCUGAUCUCUCUGCUCGCCAGGCUGAUAUUUCCCGCACCGGUACCGCGGGGAUCACUGCUCGUCAAGCCGAUAUCAGCCGUGAGGGACCCUCCGACAUUGCUGCUCGUCAGGCGGACAUCUCACGCAACGGCAACAACAUCUCCGCUCGCCAGGCCGACAUCUCCCGCAACGGACCAGUAGGCAUCUCCACCCGCCAGGCGGACAUCUCCCGCUCCGGCAACGACGAGCGCUCCACCUGA